AUGAGACUGGACCUCAGCCUGGACCUCAGUCUGGACCUCAGUCUGGACCUCAGUCUGGACCUCAGCCUGGACCUCAGCCUGGACCUCAGCCUGGACCUCAGCCUGGAUCUCAGCCUGGACCUCAGCCUGGACCUCAGCCUGGACCUCAGCCUGGACCUCAGCCUGGACCUAAGUCUGGACCUCAGCCUGGACCUCAGCCUGGACCUCAGCCUGGACCUCAGCCUGGAUCUCAGCCUGGACCUCAGUCUGGACCUCAGCCUGGACCUCAGCCUGGACCUCAGCCUGGACCUCAGCCUGGACCUCAGCCUGGAUCUCAGCCUGGAUCUCAGCCUGGAUCUCAGCCUGGAUCUCAGCCUGGACCUCAGCCUGGACCUCAGUCUGGACCUCAGCCUGGACCUCAGCCUGGACCUCAGCCUGGAUCUCAGCCUGGAUCUCAGCCUGGACCUCAGCCUGGACCUCAGCCUGGACCUCAGUCUGGACCUCAGCCUGGACCUCAGCCUGGACCUAAGUCUGGACCUAAGUCUGGACCUCAGCCUGGACCUCAGCCUGGACCUCAGCCUGGACCUCAGCCUGGAUCUCAGCCUGGACCUCAGUCUGGACCUCAGCCUGGACCUCAGCCUGGACCUCAGCCUGGACCUCAGCCUGGACCUCAGCCUGGACCUCAGCCUGGACCUCAGCCUGGACCUCACAGACCUCACAGGGUAA